CUCUCAUGUGUGAAUAUAAGUCUAGUGCAUCAUUAACCUAACGACCUCACCAACUGGAAUUUACAGUUUUUACCAUCAGCUCACCUUAUCCUUUUUUGUGUGGUUCUUUUCUUCAAACAGUGGAAACAUCUUUCUUUCAAGUUGCUUUUGGUGUGGAAUUAAGCAAAUGGCUGAUAGUGGCAUUGAUAAAAAGUCCGCAAAAUGCUCCAGGUGUUCAUCUGCUUCUCAGAAAAAUGUACUUUGUGUAUGUUCCUGUAGAACAAAUGCUUCUCCAAUUUCAGUGGUGGAAAUGUCACAGACAUCAAGCAUUGGUAGUUCAGAAUUUGUGGUUUCACCAGAGAGAACAAAAGAAAAACAAACCAGCAAAGAUAUUGCCUCUAGAAAAGAUUUGCCAUCAAGAACCUCAAAUGUAGAGAGAAAAACAUCUCAACAACAAUGGGGUCGGGGCAACUUUACAGAGGGAAAAGUUCCUCACAUAAGGAUGGCCAAUGGAGCUGCUAUUCAGGAAAUCUAUACCUUUGGAAGAAUAUUGGGACAAGGGAGCUUUGGAAUGGUCAUUGAAGCUACAGACAAGGAAACAGAAACUAAGUGGGCAAUUAAAAAAGUGAACAAAGACAAGGCUGGAAGCUCUGCUGUGAAGUUACUUGAACGGGAGGUGAACAUUCUAAAAAUUGUGAAGCAUGAGCAUAUCAUACAUCUGGAACAAGUCUUCGAGACGCCUAAGAAAAUGUACCUUGUGAUGGAACUUUGUGAGGAUGGAGAACUCAAAGAAAUUCUGGAUAGGAAAGGGCAUUUCUCAGAGAAUGAGACAAGGUGGAUCAUCCAAAGUCUUGCAUCAGCUAUAGCAUAUCUUCACAAUAAGGAUAUAGUACAUAGAGAUCUAAAACUGGAAAACAUAAUGGUUAAAAGCAGCUUUAUCGAUGCUAACAAUGAAAUGAACUUAAACAUAAAGGUGACUGAUUUUGGCUUAGCGGUGAAGAAGCAGGGUUGGGGUGAAGCCAUGCUGCAGACCACGUGCGGGACUCCUAUCUACAUGGCCCCUGAAGUUAUCAAUGCCCACGACUAUAGCCAGCAGUGUGACAUUUGGAGCAUAGGUGUCAUAAUGUACAUUUUAUUAUGUGGGGAACCACCCUUUUUGGCAAGCUCAGAAGAGAAACUUUUUGAGUUAAUAAGAAAGGGAGAACUACAUUUUGAAGGUCCAGUCUGGGAUUCCAUAAGUGGUUGUGCUAAAAGUGUUUUGAAACAACUUAUGAAAGUAGAUCCUGCUCACAGAAUCACAGCUAAGGAACUACUAGAUAACCAGUGGUUAACAGGCAAUACGCUUUCCUCAGUAAGACCAACGAAUGUGUUAGAAAUGAUGAAAGAAUGGAAAAAUAACCCAGGAAGUGAUGAGGAAAACACAACAGAGAACUGGUCUAUUCAAGAAAAAUCGAAAAGUUACCAAUCCAGCGGACCCAGUGGAAAUGUCCUUGAUGUCAAUAGCACUUCAGACGAAGAGGAGGAAAAACAGCCCACUGCUUAUGAAAAGAAAUUUCCUGUGACCAGUAAGAAGGAAAAUAUGGACGACUUGGACACGAGCAAUUUAAGUUCCACAUCUAGCAGACUCCUUCCAGGUGGACUCAAGGGAGAAAUAGAGAAACCUCCUCUGACUUCAAGCCAGGGAACAGCAAUCAGAGGCACUGCUAAAUCCAUUGCUCUGCCUAGAACCAAAAAGAAACUCUAAGGUUCCCUCCAACACGGACUAGUACAAUGCUGAAUAGUAAAACAGAGCUGAUCUUUCUAGUGCUAAAAUGAGGGGAUAGGAGAGGAACAGGACAGUACUGUGCCGAGCUCUUAGCCUUUUAGCUCUGCUGAGCCCUGCCGCGUGUUUGCACCAGUUUAGAAUUGAAGCUAGUCAUCUGCAAAGCAGCAUCGUGUAAAGGACAGCCACCAACAGGCUUGAUGGCGGGCUGCGGCUGAAGUCAACUCAAGAUGUAUUCAAGAGUUGUAUCAGAGGAGCAGAUGCCCUCAAAGCAAGGCGGUGAGCAUACUUGCUCAGUUUUACUUCAAAUUCUUUUAUUUAGGCACAGUUACUUAUAGGGGAAAAAGAGAGCCAAAUAUGGUAAUGGAGGUUCCAAAUAAUUAUGUGCACUUUGCACUAGAAGACUUUGUUGGAAAAUUACUAAUAAACUUGCCACAGGUGUAACAGCAGAAGUGCUUCAGCCAUUCACAUGUGUUCUUGUGAUUUUAGGUUGCUAUAGAUUCUUUAAGACAACUUAUUUUAAACAUAGAAAAAUAGGAAAUUUUGUAACUGCUUGCCAUUAACUUGCUGCUAAAUUCCCAAUGUAUUGAUUGAAUCAAUAAAAACCAAAUGUUACCC